AGAGAGAAAGAAAGAAAGAAAGAAGUUUUUUCCUUGAUGCUUGUUUGUGGCGGCGGUGGAGCAAAAUAUUAAUUUAUUUCACUCAGAAUCAACUGUAAAACGCAUUUCCUAAGCGAAUCAUGGCCCAUUCGGCAUUGGUUCAGUUAUGCCGCUUUUGUGGUGGACAAAAUGAUGUGAUAGUGGACUUACUUGAAACCGGAUUAGGCGAUAAACUGACAAAAUAUUUCCCACUCAAGUUCGAAGUGGCUGAUCUCUUACCAAAAAUGGCAUGCGCGGAAUGUGCCAGCACGAUCCAACAGAUGGAGGGUUUCGUACUCAAAGCCCAGGAAGUGGAACGGGACCUGCUGGAGCGUACGAGCCGACCGGCCCACAAUAACGUGAUGACCCCGUCGGAGAUACGAUCACUAGCCCAGUCGAUGACAACUAAACUGUCCACACCGAAAACCGCCUCGGUGGGUGAUGUCCUCCGCAAGCUAAACACGUCGUCGAUUGUGAUCAAAAAGGUCGACAAAGUUGUGCCGAAAUACGAGCCACCGAUGGUUCAGAUUAAGAAACAACCAAUCGACGAAGAACCACUGCUGAAGAUGAAGGUUGAGGUUCUCGACGAAGAGCUCGAACAUCUACCGUCCGAUAACUUCGUGCACUACGAUGACACGGACGACGACGAUGACGAAGGGGAAGUGUUGGCCAGAAAAAGCUUCCGCAGCAUUGAAUCUGUCAAUAUUAAGGAAAUGCAUUCAACCGACGAGAGCAGCCAGGAUGUAUAUGCGGAAGAGAGACUCGAAAUAGAAAUGGAUCCAGACUAUGUGGAAGAGAAAAAAGUGAUAACUAAACGGCGGAGACGACGGAAUUCUAUAUGGAUCCAACCUGAGGGCCUCUACGGCACCAAAAGCUUUACUGCUGAUUCCGCUGAUCCAUGUAACUAUGUCUGUGUUACAUGUAAGGGAAAUUUCAGCAGCUUUGACAAGUUGAAAACCCAUAUUGACAAGAGCAAGGAUUGCAACAAAAUUAACCGAACUUGUGAUACAUGUGAAAAGGUUUUCGACACGCGAAGGGCAAUGUUUCAGCACAGACUGUCGCAUCAGCCGAGGCCCCAGUUGACAUGCGAACGAUGUGGAAAAACUUAUACGAAUGUACACAAUGUACAAGCCGAGGAAGAUUCUCCGGAUGGGGAUGUCGGCUACGUGUGCUGUGAGCAACGAUUCACAUCGCGCCGGGACCUCGAUGACCACAUUACCAAGCAUAGUAGAAUAUCAAAUAUGUUGUGUGAUAAUUGUGGAAAUUUGUUCGCGUCACAUAAGUCAUACCGGCCAAACGUUAAAUCGUAUGCGUGUGAAUUGUGUGAUGAAAUAUUUGAUACGAAGUUUCUGCUUAUGCAACAUUCGCGUGUUCACGCACCACCUCCUAAGGUAAAACCACGUAAACCGUCCCCAGUGAAGGCCAAACCCAAGCGGGCAUAUAGUACCCAGAGUGUUGUUAUCAGUUUAACGGAUCCAUGCAACUAUGUUUGCGUGACGUGCAAAGGCAAGUUCAGCAGCUUCGAACAGUUGCAAGCCCAUAUCGAUGAGAGUAUAGCAUGCAAGAAGGUUAACACCACAUGUGACCAGUGUGGAAAGAUAUGCGACACGCGACGGGCUUUGUACCAGCACAAACUGUCGCACCAGCCCAAGCCCCAACUGAUUUGCGACCAGUGUGGAAAGAUUUAUACCAAUUCGUUCAACUUGGAAAAUCACAAAAGCCAAGUUCAUGGCGAAGAGUUUGAGGAGCUCGGCUACGUGUACAAGUGCUGUGAGCUUACAUUCCCGACGCGCCGGGAACUCAAUGAGCACAUCAAAACGCACAGCAAAAUAUUGAACCUGUUGUGUGACACAUGUGGUAAGUCGUUCACCUCGCAUAAGGCACUCCGGUCGCAUACACAGAGCCAUUUAAAUAUUAGACCGUUCUCGUGUGAUUUGUGUGAUAAAGCAUUCCGAACAAAGCUGCUAUUGGUUCAGCACUCGCAUGUUCACACCGGAAUAAAGGCUUUCAAAUGCGACGUGUGUGAAAAGUCCUUUGCCAAAAAGGAUUCCCUCCGAAAGCACUACAAAAUGCACUCCAACGAGCCCGUCAGCUGGUCAUCGACGGGCGAGAAGAUCUCGGUUAAGCCCAUGGAUCAACUGCAAGGGGAAGAAGAAGAACAUUUACAGCCAAUUCAUCCGUAUGUUGAGUUUGCCACCGGCAUGCAGGAAACUAUGUAAAUAAUUGAUGUGCGCUAGGAGUUGGUUAAACUUUAACUAAAUGUUAAGCUGAUUAGAGUUAGUUUGACUGUUCAAGGUAAGUGCUCAUACAGAUUACAGCUUAGCGUGUCUCACAAAAAAAGUGGAAAUCGAA